AUGGAUUUUGACGAGAACGACGAACUGGUCGCUGUCCUGCCUAUUCAUUACUCUGCCGCCCUCGCUCCAAAUGUUCAAAUGCAUCAGUUUCCGCUUCUAUUGCGACCCCUGGAAACACCUCCCUCUGCAAUUUUGAGUGGCAAACGUAUAUCUGCAAGGAUCAAGCCAAAUGUCGGAAGACUGGAAAUCCUCGUUCCUGCAGAUACUCGGCCCGAAGUCUGGAGCGUCGAAAAAUCGAGGGACUUUGGAUCUGCUCGCGCUGAGGACGAUCACGAGAAAAAUCAAGCGAUACAAAGCAAGGGAGGGGAAGACGAGGAGCCGAGGUUGAGUGAGGUGCGACUCAGAAGUGAAAAUAUACCGCAGAAAGGGACACACAUGUUAGGCGUUGUCCGCAAUGGAAAGCUACAUCUCCAUCCAAUCAGUGAGACCCACCAGCUUCGGCCAACGCUAACAUAUUUGGACAUACUCUCUAAAAAGACUCGACGUUCCCGCGGCACAGGAUCAGGCUCUGACUCUGAUGAUGGUCCUCCUCCGGACCCCGACGAACCUGCGCCUCUGAACACAAUUAAAAAAGAAAAGAAAGCGGUCGGCGAGGCGAAGGAGGUGCAUGUAUCUGCACGCAAAACGGAUGACAAGGCUGGAGUCUCUGCUCAAGGAGGUCUUUCCGCUGUAAGAAGAGAGAUGCUUCAAAUAAUUCGAGCGGAGGAAGAUGAAGCCUGGGACACUUUGGAGUUUUGUGAUCUGAAUUCAUCGGGCGAUGCAUUCGAAGGAAUUUUCUCACAAAGUAACGAAAUUUUGCGGUGUCAAACAAAUAUUACUGCGUUUCUGAAAGAGAUACGGGGGCUGUAA